AUGGCUCCCAGGGCGACUCCCUGGCUUCUUGCAUCGUUAUCUCCGUCAAACUUCAACAUCAAUAGAAAGUGCAGCAGCACCGGGCGCAUCUGUGUAUGCAAGUACUGGCAGGGAUCAGGUGUUCAUCAGGUACUGCAGUACUGCAGUACUUGCUCACUAUCGUAUCCGCACCACCCAGCACCUAUUGCACAUGUGCCGUACGUACGUGACUUUGCCAGGUGGGAGGCGCACAUCUGGGUGAAGGAGAUCGGCCGUCAGGUUUACCUGGGCGGCUACGAGGAGGAGGUGCACGCGGCGGAGGCGUACGACGUGGCGGUGCUGAAGUGCAAGGGAACCAAAGGAGUGCGCACGAACUUCCCGAUCAGCCAGUACCAGGGCCUGCUUCCGUCCCUGAAGGACAUCGAACUGGAGGACCUUAUCAUGGCCGUUCGGCGCCAAAGUCAGGGCUUCAGCCGCGGUAGUUCCACGUACAGGGGGGUCACUGCGCAUCUGUCGGGGCGCUGGGAGGCGCGUAUCGGCAUCCCUGGAAGCAAGCACAUCUACCUGGGGCUGUUCGAGAGCGAACGUGACGCCGCGGCCUCGUACGACAGGUCGCUGCUGCGGCUGCGUGGCUCUUCCGCUGCGACGAACUUCCCCCUCUCCGAUUACCGCCGAGAGCUUGCGGAGUACCACAGCUACCAGCAGGUGCGCAGUAUGGUUUCGUCAACAGGCCAACUGUGA